CUAUCCGAAGAUGACAAGGCCUUGUAUACGCCGAUAAUUGACGAGAUCCUGGCGGCCAGCGAUCUGGAAAAGGUGUCGGCAAAGCGCAUCCGCAAAUACAUAUCCGACAAGGUCGGCUACGACAUUUCGCACCAAAAGGAUGCGGUAAACGAUCUGAUCAUGGCACGCUUCGACAAGUUCAUGGAUGCGCCGAACGGGGCUUCCGAACCAGUCCACCAAAACGGUACCAAGCCAGGCAGUCCCCAUGGCUCCGCGCAAGCAAGCCCCACAACGUCUAGGAAGCGCAGUCCUGACGACGAUUCCGAGUCCCCUCAGUUACGAGAUACGCCGCCAAAGAAGAAGCCCAAGAAGCAGCAGAGUGUGGAGGAGGACGAUGCGGCCUAUGCUGCUCGACUGCAGGCGGAGUUGAACGCGGCUUCGCGGCCGAGGUCGACGCGGGGAGCUGGCACCCAGAAGAAACGUGCAGCGGCGCCGAAGAAGAAGGAGAAAAAGAGGAAGAGCGCCAACAGGGUCAAGGACGACGAUGAUAGUGACGUUGCAUCCAGCGGCGCAGAAAGGAAGGAGAAGAAGAAGCGGACUGGCGGAUUCCACAAACCUAUGGGAUUGUCGCCAGCGCUGGCAGAGUUUCUGGGAGAAACACAACUUCCACGUACCGAAUGUGUUAGCCGGCUGUGGCAAUACAUCAAGCAACACGACCUACAGCUCCCCAGCGACAAACGACAGAUUGUGUGCGACGACGCCAUGCGGGCCGUCUUCAAGCAGGACCGGAUGAACAUGUUCACCAUGAAUAAGAUUCUCGCCCAAAACCUCUAUAACUUGGAG